UAGCUCGCUUCCUUUAGCAAUGGAGUCCUUGAUUACACGGCAGAAUUCUCUUGGUAUGUACUCAACAGGCAGACCUCUAACGGAGAGGGGCUAUGCCUACAGCGUCAGCGGAGGAGCAGGCGGACAUGGGACCAGGAUCUCAACCGCCACCUUAGGCACGCGGAUUGGCAGCAGCUUCGGGGGUGGGUAUGACUACCAGUCCUCUUCCUUUGGGUCAACCUCUGGAGUUCUGGGCAUCAAUAAUGAGAAGGUGGCCAUGCAGCACCUGAACGACCGUCUGGCUACCUACCUGGAGACAGUGAGGAAUCUGGAGAAGGCCAACAGCAAGCUGGAGAUCAAGAUCAGAGAGCACAUCGAGAACACAGGUCCCCUGGAAGGGAGGGACUACAGCAAGUACAACACCACCAUCAUGGACCUGAGGGCCAAGAUAUUUGAAAUGAUCAAGGGCAACUCACAUCUUGCCAUCGCUCUUGACAAUGCACGCCUGGCUUCAGAUGACUUCAAAAUGAAGAUGGAGUAUGAGCUGUCCAUGCGUCAGACGGUGGAGGCUGAUGUGGCCAGACUGAGGAAGGUUCUGGAUGACACCAACGUCAUUUGCCUGCACCUUGAGAGUGACAUUGAGUCUUUGAAGGAGGAGCUGAUCAGCCUGAAGAAAAACCAUGAAGUGGAUGUUGCUGAGUUGCGUGCCCAGAUCAGGCUAGUUGGCGUCCAUGUGGAUGUUGAUGCUCCUAAAGGAACGGACCUGGCCAAGAUCAUGGAGGAGAUGAGGGCUAACUAUGAGAGGAUAGUACUGAAGAACCAGGAGGAGCUCAAAACAUGGCAUCAAUCUCAGAUGACGGAGGUGCAGGUCCAAGUGACUGAGAGCUCAACAGCUCUGAAGGAAGCCACAACUGUGAUAACUGACACGAGGAGGAGGUAUCAGGCACUGGACAUUGACCUGCAGUCUGCUAUUAACCUGAAAGCAUCACUGGAGGCCACCCUGCGUGACCUCGAGAUGCGUUACAACAUGGAGGUGGAGAAGUACAACUUGAUCAUCGUGAGGCUGCAGGAGGAGCUCACUCACAUCCGCACCGACAUCCACGACAAGACAAGAGAGUAUGAGGUCCUGCUCAACAUCAAGGUGAAACUGGAGGCCGAGAUCGCAGAGUACAGGAGGCUGCUGGACGGCGGGGGAGACCUCAGACUGGAGGAUGCAGUUGAUUCGAAGACGGUCCAGACCAAAGUGGUGACUCUCACUCAGACUCUGGUGGAUGGCAAAGUGGUGUCAGAGAGCAAGGAUGUCAAAUCCAGUGAGAAGGUUGUUUCUUAACAACUGUGAG